ACUUGCUGGUGCACUUGGGAGCACGGUUCUGUUGAGCGACCUGGUUUUGAGCAAGGUUUGCUUGCCCUCGCCUCACUUGCCCAACAGAUGGCCUCAUAUUCAAAUUCUGACUCAGACUUCAUUGAUCGUUUGGCUGCCAAACAAUCGUCUCCCGUCCACCAGGUUUAUGUCCUGGAGGUUUGUCUUGACGGAGUGCGGGGGCCCAAACUGGGACCGCCCAAAAGUAGAGGGCCGAGGUCGGACCAGCCCUGUCUGCAGAGGGAACGAAGAACUUUUGGGAAGAUGGUUUCACUGAAAUAUCCCUCCCUGGUGCCGGUUUCCUGCGCAGAGGCUCUGCUGGGUUUCAUCUUUGUGGCCGCCGCUCUCCUCGUCUUCCUGCUGGUUCGCCAGCUCGUCAAACAGAGAAGACCUCCGGGAUUUCCUCCCGGUCCAUCUCCCAUCCCUAUCAUAGGCAACAUUUUUUCUCUGGCCACCGAGCCGCACGUCUUCCUCAAGAAGCAAAGUGAAGUUCACGGACAGAUUUUCAGUCUUGAUCUGGGAGGCAUCAUGACUGUGGUACUAAAUGGGUACGACUGUGUCAAAGAGUGCCUUUACCAUCAGAGCGAGGUGUUUGCUGACCGUCCAUCACUGCCUUUAUUCAAGAAAAUGACCAAAAUGGGUGGGCUUCUUAAUUGUAAAUAUGGCAAAGGCUGGCUUGAACACAGGAAACUGGCCUGCAACUCUUUCCGUUACUUUGGCAGGGGCCAGAGGCAGUUCGAAAGAAAGAUCUUAGAGGAGUGCAUGUUCUUUGUCGAUGCCAUCGAUGAACACAAGGGAAAGCCCUUCAACCCCAAGCAUCUUGUGACCAACGCAGUGUCCAACAUCACCAACCUGAUAAUUUUCGGCCAGCGUUUUACCUACGACGACCGCAACUUCCAGCACAUGAUCGAGAUAUUCAGCGAGAACGUGGAACUGGCCGUCAGUGGCUGGGCCCUCCUGUACAACGCCUUCCCUUGGAUUGAAUAUCUGCCCCUCGGAAAACACCAGAAGCUCUUCCGCAACGCCGCAGAGGUUUACGACUUUCUGUCGGAAGUUAUCAAGGGAUUUUCAAAGGGCAGGGUGCCUCACGUACCACAGAGAGUGCACAGGGAGAUCGACAGUGUGCUGGUGAAUGGGCGGCAAGCCACGUUGGAGGACAAGCACAAGAUGCCCUACGUGGAGGCGGUCCUGCACGAGGUGCUUCGCUUCUGCAACAUCGUGCCUCUCGGCAUUUUCCGCGCCACCUCCCAAGACGCGAAAGUCAACGGGUACACCAUUCCCAAAGGCACCAUGGUGAUCACAAACAUCUAUUCGGUGCACUUCGACGAGAAGUACUGGAACGAUCCCGGAGUUUUCGAGCCCCAGAGGUUUCUCGAUAGCAGCGGCAACUUCGUGAGACGUGAGGCCUUCCUUCCCUUCUCCCUGGGGAGGCGCCAUUGUUUGGGGGAGCAGCUGGCCCGAAUGGAGAUGUUCCUCUUUUUCACCACUUUGCUGCAGAGGUUUCACCUCCAGUUCCCUCCAGGGGCUGUUCCAACCGUCGCUCCCAAAUUAGGAAUGACCUUACAGCCCAAGCCCUACUGCAUCUGUGCUGUGCGCAGGCAACAGAAACUCUCUUGCUCGGGAGACACGCCUUAAAACAUAAGAAGUCGAGUCUGGCGUGUGCUUUACAGUCUGUCCAAAGGAUCUUCUGUGACCCAUGUGCCUCUCUAUAUCCAAGCAUGCACAUCCAUGUUUAUUCAGCUACUAUUGAUUCUUUUUAGAAGUGGGCAAUAUGCAUGUUUGCACAAGACUUUUAAACUGCAGGGGGAGGCAACAGGUACCUAAAGGACAUCCUGGGAACACGAGUGAGCUAUUGAUUUGAUUCCCUGAGCUCCUGCACCCGGAAAAAUGAAAUGUCUGUGAACCUUGGCGCAUUGGUGAUGACUUGGGUCAAUGAUUUAUAGUAUGUACACCUACAAUGGUUCAUAGCCCUGCUGUCAUAGGACAGCCGCGGGCAGAUAAAUGACACGAGUGUUGGGUGAAAUGGGACUAGCAGACUUUCCAAGAAAGCUCUGAACACUGUGUAUUGGUGCUGGACGAUAGCCAUUUUUUUUUACAUCAUCUGGACUGACUCUGACCCCUUCUCCAGGGAUGGUGCUAUUUGGAAAAUCUUUCUAUUAGAAAGAAAAUGCAACCCUGAUGGACUUUAGAAAACCAACUAUGCAACACUGGUUUCUGCUAAAUGGUGCUUAUCAGUACUAACAAAGUACUUGCUGAGUUUUUUGUGUAUAAAGCAAACAUUUGUUUUUUGUCUUUUUUGCAAUUCUGGACAUACAUGUGGGGGUUUUUUUGUUUGGUAUAAAAAAAAUAUCAAAGGACUGAAAAACGUACCUGUUCCUCUUUUAGCUGUGGAUGGAUCUGAAAUGUAUGUUACCGUGUAAGCACAACAUAAACAUUUGAGAAAUGUGGUGGAUUGAGGACUCUGUAACAAAGUCAUUAGUUUUUUUGUAAUCUCAGAUUCAGUUCAUGGUUCGCACAGCUCUGUUGUGUUUACAUUUAUUAAAGAGGUGCUUCAGAUUUAUGUGAGUUGUUCAAGGUG